UGGAUGCAGGAUGGAGGGUUGGAGGUGGAUGGUGGUGCUUGGGGCUGCAGCGCUGCUGGGAGCAGAGAGCAAAACUCCUCCAGAGAGACCCACGUUUGGAGAUGUCUACCAUGUCAAAGGAGCCAUCAGCCUGCCCUAUGCUGAGAUCAGGGAGCCCUUUGAAGCCUGGUACAACCUCAGCGGGGGAAUGAGCCGCAUUGAGUACUAUGGCGGCCAAGUGGUCACGUUCCAGUUCGGCUCCAUGGGGCCCUUUGGUGCCAGCUUCAAGGUGACACCGGAGACCACGGAGACGGAGGUGAACGUCCGCAAGUGCUUCCGCAUCAAUGGCACCGACGGGGACCUCAUCACCCCACAGAGCGUCUUCCCCAGCCUGGAGCACUUCAGGUGGGUGCGGGAGGAGCAGUUCCAUGGGCAGCAGUGCGCCGUGUGGCAGAACAUCUCCUAUUGGGGCCAUAAGAAGAAUGUCUACACGCUGCGGGUGGGCAGCUCGGAGCACGGCCCCGUGCCUCUGCACUACGAGGUGCGGGGCUACAACAGCCUGCUGGGCUCCCACUACGACAAAUACCAGAUCGAGUACAGCACCUUUGGGCACCACUUUGCCCCCAGCAUCUUCCAGCUCCCACACGGUGUGCAGUGUGAGCACUGGCCCACAGCCGGCCCCGAGCACCGCAUCAUGGCCAACCCCAUGCAGGAGUUUGUGGGGACCGCCCCGCAAACAGAACACGUCCACCACCGCCUCUUCCACCACUAUAAGGAGAGGUUUGGGAAGCGCUACAGCAGCGAGGAGGAGCACGAGCACCGCAAGCACACCUUCAUCCACAACAUGCGGUUUGUGCACUCCAAGAACCGCGCUGCGCUCUCCUACUCGCUGGCACUGAACCACCUGGCUGACCGCACAGCACAGGAGAUGGCUGCAAUGCGGGGACGGCGCUGGAGCGGGGACCCCAAAAGUGGGCAGCCCUUCUCCAUGCAGCUCUAUGCCGGCCUCGUCCUGCCCGAGAGCCUGGACUGGAGGCUGUACGGCGCCGUGACCCCAGUGAAGGACCAGGCUGUUUGUGGGUCCUGCUGGAGCUUCGCCACCACGGGCGCCAUGGAGGGGGCCCUAUUCCUCAAGACAGGAGUGCUGACCCCACUGUCCCAGCAAGUCCUCAUCGACUGCUCCUGGGGCUUUGGGAACUACGCGUGUGAUGGGGGUGAGGAGUGGAGAGCCUACGAGUGGAUCAAGAAGCACGGCGGCAUCGCCAGCACCGAGUCCUAUGGGCCCUACCUGGGGCAGAAUGGUUACUGCCACUACAACCAGUCGGAGCUGGUGGCCCCACUUGCCGGCUACGUCACCGUGGAGCCAGGCAAUGCUGAAGCUCUGAAAGCUGCACUGUUCAAGCACGGCCCCAUUGCUGUCAACAUUGAUGCCUCACACAAGUCCUUCACCUUCUACGCCAAUGGGGUCUACGAGGAGCCCCACUGUGGCAAUGAGACAUCAGAGCUGGACCACGCAGUGCUGGCUGUGGGCUAUGGUGUCCUGCACGGCAAGAGCUACUGGCUCAUCAAGAACUCCUGGUCCACCUACUGGGGCAACGACGGUUACAUCCUCAUGGCCAUGAAGGACAACAACUGCGGCGUGGCCACCGCUGCCUCCUUCCCCAUCCUCGCCUGAUGGGACAGCCCCACGCAGGCACUGUCCCCACCGUGUCCCUGUAUGCAGCAGGGGUGCUGACUCGAAUUCACGUCUGGGAGAGAAACGAUCACCGUGCAGGAAUAAUGUGGUUUAUUCCGUGGGAGUCUGGGGUCUCCAGAUCUUUCAUUCUCUUGGCUGCAGUCAAUAAAACACGCUUUGACUUUCAGGGAACCGUGACUUUCAGGCUCCCUUUGGAUGGGUGAUGCUGUGAAUUUGCUGCUGAACACGCAGGAGGCUCCGGGAGCUGCAGGCUCUGCACCCCCAGAAGCAUUUAUCAGGAGCAAGAUAUUUUGCAUUUGUGGCACUGGGGACAGCAGAGGCUCCAAGUGGGGGUUGUUGAGCAGGGAUGGGACUUUCAAUUAAGGUCGGCUUGUUUGCUUUGGAAAAGGAUUCAGGGAUGGAGGUGUCUGAGAAGAACAGCUGCAGAACUGCCAUCCCAGAGUGGUUCUGGGGGG